GGCAUCGUCUAAACCUUGCUUUCAUGCCAUUGCAUGAUGGGAAGGUCCAGUCUCCCGGAGCCGUGGUCAUCAUGCCAUGGCAUGGCAUCGUCUGGACCUUGCGAACAUGCCAUGGCACGAUGGCAUAAUGGCAAGGGGCAUCAUGCCAUCCUGCCAUGGCAUGGCAUGGCUAUGUUCCAUCAUGGCAUGGCAUAGUCUGGACCUUGCCACCAUGCCAUGGCGUGACAUGCCGGGUGCAGUCUCCCGGAGCCGCCGGACCUUGCCAUCAUGCCAUGGGAUGGCCCGGCGUCGCGGAGACAGCAGACCAUGCCAUGGCAUGUCCCGGCGUUCCAGAGCCGCCGGACCAUGCCAUGCUAUGGUCUGGCGUCGCGGAGGCGGGGGACCAUAGAAUGGCAUGGUGCUCCGUCCUGGAGCCGCCGGGCCAUGCCAUGCUAUGGUCUGGCGUCGCGGACGCGCUAGACCAUACCAUGGCAUGGUCCGGAGUCCCGGAGCUGCCGGACCAUGCCAUGAUAUGGUCUGGCGUCGUGGAGGCGCCGGACCAUACGACGGCAUGGUCAGGAGUUCCUGAUCCACCGGAGCAUGCCACGCUAUGGUCUUGCAUCGUGGAGGCGCCUGGCCAUACCAUGGCAUCGUCCGGAGUCCUGGAGCCGUCGGCUGUUCCGGCGGCUACAAACCAUGUCAUGGCAUGGCCCGCCGUUCGCCGUUCCGAAACGCCGUGACGAGAAGGAGGAGGACGAGAAGGAGGAGGACGAGGAGGAGGAGGAAGAGGAACGGGGGUUGCCGAGGAGGGGGUGGAGGAGGAGGAGGAGGAGGAGGAGGAGGAGGGGGAGGAGGAGGAGGCGGUGAUUGAUGUCGGUGGCAACUCAGUUACCACCAUCGCCCCAGUCACCACCAUCUCGUCAGGUACCACUAUCGUUGUAGCUUGCACAACGACCACAGGCAGAGGUUGCACAGAGCCUCUGAUGGGCGGGCGUCCUGGAGGCGUCGGACCAUCCCAUGGUCUGGCGCCUCGAGAACACCGGACCACCAGAGGCUCUAUGUACCGUCUGCCUGUGUUCACUGUGCUACCUCGGCGAGGUUGUUCUCGUGGUCCGUUGUUGUCGAGGCGUCGCCGAGGUUGCACAGUGAACACAGGCAAAGGUUACACAGUGUUUCCGAUGGUCCAGCAUCUUGGAGGCGCCGGACCAUCCGAUGGUCCGGCGUCCCAGAGGCGGCAGACCAUCCCAUGGUCGGUUGUUCUCGAGGCGUCGCCGAGGUUGCACGGUGAACACAGGCAGACGUUACACAGAGCCUGCGAUGGUCCGACGUCCUCGAGGCGCCAGACCAUCCCAUGGUCCGGCGUCCUAGAGGCGCCAGACCAUCCUAUGGUUUGUUGUUCUCAAGGCGUCGCCGAGGUUGCACAGCAGAGGUCACACAGUGUUUCUGAUGGUCCGGCGUCUUGGAGGCGCCAGACCAUCCCAUGGUCCGUUGUUCUCGAGGCGUCGCCGAGGUUGCACGGUGAUCACAGGCAGACGUUACACAAAGCCUCUAAAGGUCCGGAGUCCUCGAGGCGCCAGACCAUCCCAUGGUCCAGCGUCCUAGAGGCGCGAGACCAUCCCAUGGUCCGGGGUCCUAGAGGCGCCAGACCAUCCCAUGGUUCAUUGUUCUCGAGGCGUCGCCGAGGUUGCACAGUGAACACAGGCGGAGGUUGCACAGUGCUUCCGAUGGUCCGUCAGAGGUUGCAGAGGUUGCAGAGUGAACACAGGCCGAGGUCGCCGAGGUUGCACAGUGAACACACGCCGAGGUUGCAAAGUGAACACAGGCAGAGGUUGCACAGUGCCGCCAAGACACCGGACCAUCGGAGGCUCUGUGUAACGUAUGCGUGUGUUCACUGUGCUACCUCGGCGAGGUUGUUCUCGUGGUCCGUUGUUCCCGUGGCGUCGCCGAGGUUGCACUGUGAACACAGGCAGAGGUUACACACUGUUUCUGAUGGUCCGGCGUCUUGGAGGCGCCAGACCAUCCCAUGGUCCGUUGCUCUCGAGGCGUCGCCAAGGUUGCAUGGUGAUUACAGGCAGACGUUACACAGAGCCUCCGAUGGUCCGGCGUCUUGGAGGCGCCAGACCAUCCGAUGGUCCGGCGUUCCGGAGGCGGCAGACCGCCCCAUGGUCCGCCCUGCUUGCUCGUUAGGGGUCUCUACGCCGAAGGUUGUCAGAAGAGCGGUCACGUUCCAAGAGAAGUAUUGGGCAAUCGAUUGGCACCUCGGUAUGAAGGUCCCCUGUUGCAGGCCAUGCAUUUUCUUGCGGGAUGAGAGUGACAGUUACUACCUAUGCGGGGGUAUCAAGACGUACUCGUUUGAUAAGAACAUGCCUGACGAGGAGUACAUGAGAUUCCAUUUGACGACGUGUUUCGACAGCGAUGGUCACGAGGUGCCUGGCAACAACAAGCUCGUGUCUCUCCAAGUCGACAAGUUCCAAGGUUACGGCAUCCGCGCUGCAUCAAUGCCUCCGUUCGACAAGUCCAAGAAGAAGGAUGCGUCGCAGAUGGUGGUGCUCAGACCGUUCGAGUUCCUCAAACGCGUUAAUUGCUAUAAGGUGUCGAACCAUAUCGUGACGAUUGACAACAACCUGCAGUUGUCAAAUCCCUUUCUGUCCGUCGACUGUGAUCUUGAAGACUUCGCAGACAUGGUGCGACGUCACAAACUCCAGGCGAUGGGCCAAGGCUUUUUGCGAACUACCGUCUCUGUGAGCUCGCCAAAGGCGGUGGGCAAGAGUUGUGGGGAGCCGAAAACAUCCGCCCGUAUGAGCAAAAGUGGGGCCGCAUCGACACAGGCCAAGAGCGUGAGCAAGUCAGCUUCUCUGCUCCAACCGAAGGGUGUGUCUGCGACGCAGGCACCAUCACAUGUAGAAUAUGCGGCACGCAUUUCUUUGACUCCGCCUGGUGGGGCCACUGACCAUAAGGAUGACGACGAAAACACAGAGAAGGACUUGCGCUUCUUCAACUCAGACGGUGGGCGGUGGCCCGAUGGCAAUGCUGCGAAAGACACGGAAGGGGACGAAGACGAACAGCGGUUCCGCGACGGUGCACACGAUGAAGAGGGAAGCUUGGAGGAUGGCUUCGCCGGAGGUGAUGGUAAUGAAGGCCAAGAGGAUGGUGGGCACGAAGGCGAUGGGAGUGAAGAAGAAGAAAAUGAGGAUGCAAGUGACGAGGACGCCGCAGAACGGGAAGACAAUUACGAAGGGGGGAACGAAGGAGAUGAGGGUGGGGCGGACGACGACGACGACGGGAAUAGAGGGUCGCAGAAAAGGCGGGAACAGUCUUCCCGUGACACUAGUCAUGAUGGUCCGGCAGAAGAUGACGAUGUGCUGCAUGGCACACAUAGGUCUAUGUGCAUGCACAAGAGGAAAAUAAGAUGUGGGAAAGCAGAGGAAGAGAAGCGGAGACAAGCUAAGCUCAUCAGCCUACAGGCCUCAAAGGAGGCUUACAAGGGAUCCUUAGAGACGCAAUCCGCUAAACCAGCAAAGGAAAAGCGUGAACGCACUCGAUCUUCCCAGAGGCCGAAAAAGAAAGCAACGGUCGAUGAGAGAAAGGAAGUGGCGGACUCUAUGGACGAAGCGGCGGGGGUCGACCCGAGACAUACGGCGUCAAAGCUUGGAGAGUUGACCAACGACACUAUCGACACCACGAAAUGUUUUUUCCUGGAAUACGACGAGGACGACAAUGCGAUAGAUCGGCCUACCCGAGUUUUCGUUGAUGUAGUCAAAAUACUGCCCAACCCUUCGGAAGGCGUGCAAUACAACCACAGGCCGUUGAACGAGAUGUUGGUCACCUCUAUCAGGGACGCAAUGGAACACCCCGAAAAGCAGAAGGAGUGGGAUAGAAACACCUAGAUUUUUGCUCCUAUCGUUGAAGUGGAGAAGGAUGGCUGGAAGCGGCGGGAACAUGUGAAGCC